AUGCCCACGGCCUGCACUCACGAGCAUGACUUCAUACACACUGUUCUCGUGCGGUUGCAGGAACUCCUGCCUGCUGACUGCUUUCCGGCACUUCCCGCUCGGAGCUUGAGGCAUGCCAUCGCCUACUCGAACAUCGACGGCCAAGAGCAAGUGCACGAGACCAAGGUGACUUGUUCCGGGGAGGACUGUGAGACCGUGUCCAAUGAUGUCAUGCCGCAGAUCAUCCGGGUGAGAACACCGACCAAGGCCGCCAAGCCCCGGCUGUGCACAGGUUCUCCGUUCCAGGGGCCCGGCUUGGUCUGGGAUGGCUUCGACAAUUUGGCGCACCGUGUUGCCAAUUCUGCGAGGCGGCUGUUUGGCUACACUCCGGCAACGGACGAUGUCAGGCACGAUGAAAUCGCAAUGCCACCAGCAAACCACAAGAGUGAAGGCAUCAUGAAGUCUUACGUCUACUUCAACAACAACGGUCACGAAGAGAUGAAGCAGAUCGAGUCGCACUGCAAGGAUGGCACCUGCGUUCAGAGGACGAGAACCUUUGCUCCGCAUUCCAUGCAGGCAGUCCACCAUCCUGUGCCGCAGGCGGCGACAGCCGACCAGCAUGUUCACAAGGUCCAUGCAGCUGCCGGGCACUCUCCGCAAGCUCGCGACAUCCAGCACAGCGCUCACCAGGCUACGGGCAUGCCCUACGAAGCCUAG